UUGUGUGACAUUGAUUAGAAGAAUAAAAAUAAUUGAAAUCAUUCUAUACUGUUACUUUGCAUCGCAGAUUGUUGAAUAUUCUUUCGUAUUGUGUUGUAUUUUGCUUCCAUAUUUAUUCAACCGUUAACUAAAAGACUAUUUUUAGCAUUCAUUCGCACUGCUAACAUCUAUUAUUGUUUCACAUUGGCCCAAGUUCAGAGUAUGCAUCCUCGUGGAAAUUUCAUUGGAAUCGGACACUUAUUCGGAUUAGCUGUUGCGUUUUUUAUGAUGUACUUUUAUCAAGCUGAUAUCGAAGAUUAAUCAAAUUAUUCAGAAUGUCCGCGAGUAAAGUUGUGUUCAACAGCGCGUUGAAAGAACUGAGAAUUAUUCUUUGUCAAACAUCAAAGAGCAGUCAAGGAACCAGAGAUUUCAUCGAGAAAUAUUACGUUCCAAUUAAAAAAGCUAAUCCUACCAUUCCCAUUUUAAUCAGAGAAUGCAGUAAUGUAGAACCAAAGAUAUUCGCUCGUUAUGAACGUGGAAAAGAAGCUCAUGCUGCAGUCUCGAAUGAAAACUCCGAAGGCGUUUUAAAACGAGUUGCUGAAUUCGCAUCUCGUACUUCGUAAAGUUGAAGUUUUAAUGUAGUCAACCAAUAAAUGUGUUGAAUGUAGACUA